UCUCUCUCUCUCUCUCUGUCUGACUUGCUCUGAUAAUUUUCUCUCUUCUCUCUCUCAAACUGAAGACGAUGACUUCGUUAGCCUCUCCAUGGAUUCCCAGAGCCUCUUUACUCACAACCCCUUCCAAAUUCCCGAAAUUCCAAUCCUACCCUCCACCACCACCACCACCACAAUCAUCUUCUUCUUCGUGUUUUCGCGUGGUGUGUCGUGCCGGAUCAAAUUCUCAGCAAGUGGGGAGCGACCUGAAGUUCGUUCUCCACGAGGCUUUGGAAUCUUCUGGAAUCGACACCUCUCAUGCUAGAGACGCGAGGGAGGGUUUCUGUACGCAGAUUCAAAACUUCUCUGAUAUCGAAAGGGAAACCAGCAUCACGAUUAAUAGAUGUGUUGAUUUGGGGAAAACAGCUCUUUAUAUAGCUGCAGAGGAUGAUUCUCUUAUUUCACACUCUUCAGUUCCUCUCCCUGUGGAUGCUUUCAUUGAGAGAUUGGACGAUCUUUCAGUGGGCUACUGUUCUCAGUAUAACUCUUCAUAUAGUUUGUCGCCCGAGAAACUCCUGGAGAGUUUAGAGAGAUAUCUGUAUGGCACGAAGGGCUUCCGAAGAACCCAUUCGCGAAAUCAAUCAGAGCCUCGAGCUCUUUAUCUUCACUCAGUUUUGACCCAUCGUUCAGGCUCCAUUGCAAUGCUUUCACUUAUAUACUCAGAACUCCUGAAAAUGCUUCGCUUGUGGGGCCUUGUGAAUUUUGAUGUAGAGAUAUUCUUUCCUCAUGAUCUUCAUAGUCUACCCAGAGGCUAUGUUAAACAAAAAAGCAAGGAGUCAGAUCAACAACAUAUAGUUACUUCACAAACGCUAUUGGUGGAGAUUUUGAAAAAUUUGAAGAAUGCUUUCUGGCCAUUUCAACAUGAUCAUACCAGGAGUUUAUUCUUAUGGGCAGCACAUGCAGCUAACUGCAUCGAUAAAACAAAUAUUGGUGAAGAAAGUGGCUUUCAACUUGCAUCUGCUAAGGCUGCUCAACAUAGGCUAGAACGUGGGGUUUGGACUAGCGUACGUUUUGGGGACAUGAGGCGCGCAUUAUCUACAUCUGAACGUCUUAUACUCCUGGAUACUGAUGCAAAGGAAUUAAGAGAUUAUAGCAUUCUUCUCUACCACUGUGGAUUCUAUGAGCAAUCAUUGCAAUAUCUGAAGUUGUAUCAGGAAGCAAAGGCACUAUUCUCUAUCUGUGACAUAACAUCUGUAUUUACUUUUGAAUUAACUAAUAGGAUUUUAUUUAAACAAUUGCAGGAUUCCUCCUUACAAAAGCAAUUGUCUGAUUCACUUAGCACCCUGGAGGAAGAUGCUGUGGAGAAAUUGAUGAUACGCCUCAACCUCAUCUCAAUGGAAGAAGGUUGGAGCAAGUCAUCAUACUUCAGAAAUUAUCUUGGUAAUAACUCUGAACCAUGGUAGUGCCUCCUGUCAAUUGACUCACACAGCUAAGAAACCAGAUUCAAAUUUGGUUCUAGUAAAAUGGGAAGAGGGAUUUGUCUAUAGAACAUCCUCCAUUCAAGCAGAAUCCAUAAGGGUUGCAAUGAUUUUUGCUAAAACAGCAGCAUGUCUAGAGCCUAAGAUCUUGGAGCCCUUUUGAGUCGAUGAAAUCAUCUUAUCCAUUUGGAAGACAUCAUCAGUCAAUUUGGAAGACAUUAUUUGUUGAGUGGAUGAAAUUAUCCAUUCAACACAAUGUGAGUGUCAAAUUUCCAUAUUAUUGAUGUGUAUACACUUGUGUAAAUAAAUCUAUAACAAAAAUGUUCUUAUGAUGAAGUAACAUUUGCAUC